AUGAGCGACAUUUCCGAGUUGAAGGAGACCUUGACUCCUGAUCUCCUUGAGGAACUUCGCGAGUUUUGGUUCGAGCAUAUGGAAGCCGACGAUGCACUGAUCCUUCCUGGCCAGAGUGACAUGCAGCGCUGGUUCACCCGAGAUGAAACGUUUGACAAGAUCUGCAUUGCGCAAUUUCAGCCGGCCUUGGACACUAUCAUUGAGUCUGGCGCAUCUGCGACGGAUAUCCUGGAUUCAAUCGAUACAUCAUCGCCUCUAAACUGGCUGAGUAUCAUCCUCCUCUUGGACCAAGUACCUCGAAACUGCCAUCGAGGAGACGAGUCAAAGCUUGUAUUUGGGCGCUUCGACCCACUCGCUGAAGAAGUUGCUCUCCGUGCAAUUGACGCUGGCAUCACGACCAAAUCCUCCGAAGUGCGAUACCGUCUAGCCUAUCGAUUCUGGUUCCACUUGCCAUUGAUGCACAGUGAAAACCUUGCCGUACACGAGCAAGCCCUCAAGCAGCACGAGGAGACGGCGAAGGAUAUGGGCCGGUUCCUCCUCAAGGACGUCUCGACUCUGAGUGAAGAUGAGAAGAAAUGCUAUAGGAUUCUGUCGAACAAACAGGAUGCCCUUGGUGCAUUGUUGACCAACUUACUUGAUUUUGAGAAGAGGCAUAAGGUGAUUAUUGAGCAGUUUGGGCGGUAUCCUCACCGGAAUCAAGCACUGGGUAGAGUGCCGACCGCGGAAGAGAUUGAGUAUUUGAAGAAUGGUGGAGAGACAUUUGGUUAA